AACAAGCUCCAGAAUGUGUUUGCAUCGCUUGCAUACUCUCACUCGAUAGAUCUCCCUCAGAUUGUUGUCGUUGGAAGCCAAAGUAGCGGCAAGAGCUCCGUCCUUGAAAAUAUUGUCGGCCGCGAUUUCCUUCCGAGAGGCGAUGGCAUGGUGACUCGAUGCCCACUUGUCCUCCAACUCGUCAACCUUCCGGAGGCUUAUGCCCAAGAGCGAGCUGAAAUUUUAUAUCCAGAGAAAAUCGUAUUUAGCGAUAUUUCUCAAGUACAGUCCAAAAUUCUUGAAAUCACCAGCAACAAGCUCUCAGGAAAAUACCAUGUGUCCAAAGAGCCUAUCAAUAUCAAAAUCUCUUCACCUCAUGUUCCAACCCUAACUCUGGUCGAUCUUCCUGGUGUCAUCUCCGCUCGGAGAGCUGAUCAGCCCGCCGAUAUUGAAGAGCAAAUCCGAGAUAUGAUUAUGCAUUUCAUAUCGAAAGAAAACACAGUCAUCCUUGCCGUAUCCGCUGCAAAUGUGGAUCUCGCCAAUUCAGCCGGAAUUCAACUAGCGCAAAAAGUUGACCCCAAGGGCGAAAGGACCAUCGGAGUUUUAACCAAAGUCGAUUUGAUGGAUAGAGGAACUGAUGUUGUCAGUUUUAUGAGAAACAGCCAAAUCAACUUGACGCUAGGCUAUAUCCCCGUAGUCAAUCGAUGUCAACAAGAUAUUAACGAGAAAAAGAGUAUUGAACAAGCUCUGGCGGCGGAAAGAGAGUUUUUCAGAUCCAAGUAUCCAGGAUUGGUCAACAAGUGUGGAACUGAGUUUCUUUCAAAGCGUCUAAGUGAGAUUUUAAAGAAACACAUCAAGAAAACACUCCCGGCGAUCAAGCAAAAAAUUACCAACGACCUUUCACUUCAUAAAAAGCUGCUGCAGGAUGAAAGAUUAUCUCAAAUAAGUGACGGAGUCGAUAAUCUCGUAUCAAAUGAAAUCGAAGAAUUCCACCGGAGCUUUCAAGAGGUUUUAGAUGGAACUGAUAUUGAAGACCAAUUUAUCGAGCUCAAGGGAGGAGCCAAAAUUUUGGGGAUCAUCAACCAAAUUUAUAGAGAAUCAAUUCAAAUAAUAGAUGCUCUCGAUGGAACAUCGGAUGAGGAGAUCCGAGUUGGCAUCAAAAAAGCUUCCGGCAUGACCGAAGAUAUGAUAUUCAACCAAAGAGCCUUCGAGAUAUUUGCCAGAAAAGCCGUUCAGAAACUAAAACGGCCCUGUACUGAAUUAGUAGACAUGAUCCAUAUCGAAUUGUUGAAUAUUGCAGAAGAAAUUCUUGAAGACAAGAGCAGACUUCUUUGUUCGAGAUUCCCAUUAUUCAAAUUAAAGUUUCAGGAAGUUGUCACUGAGUUCCUCCAGAAUGCGAUGAAUUCCGCGCAAGCAUUUGUGUAUGAUAUAAUCUCUGCGGAAGGAGCAUAUGUCAAUAUGAGCCAUCCAAGAUUGCAACGGAAGCACCAAGAUCUCUUCACCCAGCCCUGGGUCGUCGCAAACGAAAUAUCACAAGCUGAAACGAUUCCCGACAACACUGAUGAACAAAGCCACUUCUCCAUCUCCCAAGACCCAAAAUUCCUUCAAAAAGAUUUGAAUUCGAUUCAAGGUCCUCUGAGGAUCAUCCCAGGCUCAUUGAGUGAGCGCGAAAAAUAUCGAGUUCAACUUCUGAAGGAGGUCCUGAAUGUAUACUUUGAAAUCAUCAAAGAGCAAAUUACGGAUCAAGUUCACAAAGCAAUCAUGUACAAGUUGGUCAUUUUUGCAAAGGUUCAUAUAUAUCGAGAGCUCAAUGUCAAACUGUACAAGGUUCCAGAAAUUAGUGACCUGCUUCAAGAGCAAGACCAUAUUGUUGAAGAGAGAGCUCGAAUCCAGCUGAUGAUCGACACGCUCAAAGAAGCGAAUGAUGUAAUCAAUGGAAUCGUUUGAAACAAAACCAAUUUCCAGAGCAUUGCAUUAUUAAAAAUUUAUAUUCAAAU